UUUUGUUACAGCAUUCAUACCUCAUAGCCAUUGAAUCUGUUGUUUAAUUCAGUUAUCAUUCAAUUAAUUAUGGUUUUCAUGUGUCAAACCGAUAGUUAUCUCAAACAGUUCAAAACAAAUGUCAAAACAUGUAAAUCAAGUGAAUUGAAGUCAAAAGGAAACAAAUUGAAUGGAUUUGAAGUGACUCUCGAAGACACGAUUCUGUUCCCAGAGGGCGGCGGACAGCCUUCAGACUUUGGGACAAUUGAUGGCAAACAAGUAGUGGAUGUGCGACGUGAUGGCGAUAUUGCCGUUCAUUUUGUGGUAAGUGAUGGCCCUCUGGAAGUGGGCCGUCAGGUGGAUGUGGAGGUCGAUUGGAAGCGACGUUUCGAUCACAUGCAGCAACACUCCGGACAACAUCUGAUUACAGCCAUCGCUGAACAGACAUUCGCUUUGAAAACCACUUCUUGGAGUCUCGGCGAAGAGAUAUCGUCCAUAGAAUUGGAUGCGAAAGAAGUGUCUGAAGAGAGCGUUAGACGAUUGGAAAGCCUCGUGAAUGAGAAGAUCAGGGAAUCGGUUCCCGUUUCCAUCACUUUAUUUGAUAGAAAUGAUGAGAGACUGAAAGAGGUGUCAACGAGACUAUUGAUACCCGAAGACCAAAGCGGACCAAUCCGUGUCGUGUCCUUAGAAGGCAUCGACAGAAACACUUGUUGUGGAACUCAUGUCUCGAAUUUGAGUCAUUUGCAGUCCAUAAAACUUCUUUCGGCAGAAAAGGGAAAGAAAAACAAAACAAAUUUGUAUUUUUUGAGCGGAAAUCGAGUUCUUUUUUAUUUGGAUAAGUGUUACAAAAGGGAGAAAGCGCUCAACACUUCAUUGAAAUGCACUUCUGAUGACUUCAUGCCGAUGACCGAGAAAAUGAAAAAAUCUCUUAAAAUAUCACAAAAGAUCUUGAAUGAAGUGAAACAAGAAAUCAGUGACACUUUGGUUGUGUUGUCAGUGACCGACGAUAGCACUGAUCUCAACAGCUCUGGACAGUUAGCUUUGGCCGGCAAUCAGGAACUCAUCCAACAAUUCAUUCCAAAUAAAGGGUGUACUAAAGGAUGGAAAAUAUUCGGCAAAAGUGGCAAAUUUGUCGAAAAGAGCAAAAUUAGAUGA